ACCUAUCUGUCGGUGGGGAGAGGGGUUGCACGGACGCGCGUUGGAUGGUACCAGCUCAGGUCUGUAGGAGAUGGGGGUCGAGGGACGGUCUGCAAUGGACACGUGUCCGACCCAUCCUGGCAAUGUGGGAUAUGGUAGGACAUCUCAGGCUGGGCGCACGUCAUGAGGAGAUUGAGGGGUGGGAGGGCCAAACGCGAUGGAUCAACGUGAGCUCUGGCGAUGGCGACGUGGAAGAUCUGAUCGAUCGCAACCUGGUGAAAGCCACGAAACCGGAGGAAAGAUCGGCCGAGAGCAAUGCGCGCAGGCUGACAACAACCAGGCGGGAAGCAUUGUCAUUGUACCGCAGCGUUCUUCGAGCCUCUCGGCUUUUCGAGUGGAGGGAGGUGAUCCGACAAAGUGCGCGCCAGGAGUUUGAACAGGCACGGUUUGAAACGGAUCCUGAAAUGGUUGCAAGGCUGUUAGUUGGAGGAAGAGAUGCACUGCAUCAAGCACUGGAAAGAUUUGCAUCGAAGCAGGAGCAAGUCAUGGAGAAGGACUUCGAUCCGGAGAAGAAGAAUCGGUGAUGAAACGAAACUUCGGAGUAUUGUUCUUUGGGACGUCCAUUAAAAUUGGAACAAUACAGAGAAGUUUACCAUGGCCCCUGCGCAAGGACGACACACAUAAAUUGAGAAAAUUGUCCAAAUUAUAAAAAACAGCAACAACAACAACUAGGGAGUCUGGAGUAUUUUCCAGUUGGUAGUUGCUGCAUGGUAUAAUUUGGCAAUCUGCUGUGGUAAUAGGAGGGGUGCAAGAGGGAGACCUACCAGGGUGAGGGAGAUUGCUUGUUUUGCGGAGUGUGGAAGAUGUGAAAGAAUGCUCUUGCCGGAAUGCGUCAUAAGAAUGAGAAAAAGAUAAUGACGUUCACAUUUGGGGGAGGACUGGAGGAGCGGCGUAGACAGUCGUAAUGCCGCCGCCGCAGUGGCUGCAAAGUUUUUUGACUUACAACGGAUUAUUAAACCGAAAACAAAGUGCACCUUCGAGC